GUCAUAUUCAAAGUGAAAUGUGCAGCUGAAUUCAACAAAUACAAGAUCUUGUUGUAUCUGGGCUCCAUAUUUACCAGCCUCCUCUUCCUAGUUGUGAACUUAACUUGUGCAAUGUUAAUCCACGACGAGGUCCCAGAGAACCAGCUGAGGUGGACAGUCCUUGCCCGUGCCCUUGUCAACGACAGCCUCUUCAUCCUCUGUGCCAUCUCGCUGGCUUGCUGCAUGUGCAAACUGGGAAAGAUGUCUUCAGCAAAUGUCUACCUCGAGUCUAAGGGAACAUCUGUCUGCCAAGCUAUUCUUGUGGGAUCUGUAGUCGCUCUUCUGUAUUCCUCAAGGGCUUGCUAUAACCUGGUAGCUGUGGCCAUAUCUCCAGACAAUGUUCCUGGUCCUUUUAACUAUGGCUGGGACAACCUUUCAGACAAGGUGCACGUGGAAGUGAGCAGCGAAGAGUACGUGGUGUUCGGCGUGGUCCUCUUCCUCUGGGAGCUGGUGCCAACGACUUUUGUGGUGCUGUUCUUCCGGGCUCAGAGGCUGAGUCAGAACUUGACUCCAGCGGGGAUGGUCAAUAGUCACAGUUACAGCUCCAGAGCCUACUUCUUUGACAAUCCGAGGCGUUACGACAGCGAUGAUGACUUGUCACGGCUUGGGGCCAGAGAAGGAGGCUUGGCCACCCCUCAGUGCUCUGGCUGCUACGGGUCCCUGGCUGGGAAUGACAGCUACGCCGUGGGUCCCCAUCUCGGUGGAACUGCCACAGACAGUGCCCCCUUGCUCUUUGCCGCAGGCGGCUCGGAGAUGAAUCACCACCACAGCUCAUACCUCGCACCACAGAACUGA